AUGUUCGAUCGGUUUGCGAGCCUAGGCUGUUUUAUACUGAGCUUGUGCUUACGAAUUCCAUUAUGGCUAUAUUCUGAAUAUAUUUUCCCAUUCCUAUACGUGUUGCCCUUCUUUCAAAAGUACAAGACUGAGAACUACGUUUACUCAAAUAAACUUGCCGAGGAGGUGGUCAAUGCUGCAGAUAUUAUUAGCAUUUGCGCAGCUCAUGGAUAUUUAGUUCAUGAACACGUUGUCAAAACUCAAGAUGAUUAUCUUCUCACAAUACAUAGAAUUGUGCGCAGACAAAGCGGUGGACAGAAUACUGAACCUAAAAAGGGUGUUGUCUACUUUCACCACGGGCUUUUGACCAAUAGUGAAUUGUUUUUACUUGGAGAAACAACCGAAAAGUGUCUUCCUUUCUUGUUGGUUGACCUUGGAUACGAUGUGUGGUUGGGUAACAACAGAGGUAACAAAUAUAGCCGUAAGCACAUUAAUCUAUCUUCCAGAGAUGCCAAAUUUUGGGACUUCUCUCUUGACGAAUAUGCGAUAUUUGAUAUCCCAGAUACGCUACAAUACAUUCUUGAUGUCACAAAAGCAUCGAAGCUAUCUUACAUUGGAUUUAGUCAAGGCUCUUCGCAGGCAUUUGCAGCUUUUUCCGUCAAUCCGCAAUUGAGGGAUAAAAUUCGCCUCUUUGUCGGUUUAUCUCCAGCCAUGAUACCUAGGUCAUUGAGUCAUCCUGUUGCCAAAUUUUUGGUUACCUCCUCUUCAGAGUUAUUGUACUUUAUCUUUGGUACCCGGGCAAUCUUGCCUUCGGUUGUCUUCUGGCAAAGAUUCUUGGGGCCCAUUAAUUACAUGAAGGUGGUUGACUGGUCAUUGGUCUAUCUAUUUAAUUGGAAGAGUGAGCAUAUUAGCCUCACACAGAAACAAAUUGGCUACACUCAUAUGUUCUCACCCUCAAGUGUGAAAAGUGUAGUUCAUUGGUUUCAAAUCAUAAACAGCAAAAGAUUUCAAAUGUUUCAAGAAGAAAUAUCUAAACUAUACUCAUCAGUACCAUCUCUCAACGGCAAGCUACAUCGUUGCGCUCCUUUCCCUGUACAAGUCAUUGAGAAUUUGCCAAUGAUGUUGCUCUAUGGUGAUCAAGAUAUUCUAAUUGACAUGCAGAAAACAAAAGAAAAUCUUGUAGGCAAUUUGAAAGACGUUACUUUAGUUGAGCUUCCAGGCUAUGAGCACAUGGAUACGCUGUGGUCAGAAGAUGUCGUGGACUCAGUGUUCAAGCCCAUUUUGCACAAACUUGAGGAAGUUCACACACCAGCUCACACACCAGCUCACACACCAGCUGACACACCAUCUCACGUUGAGGAAUUGAAUGGUAAGAAUUCUAGAACAGAAUACCAAGGUGAUUCUUACGAGUUUGCCUGA